AGUUUUGUUGUGCAAUAAAAUUUCUAUAUUUACAAAACUUUUUUUCCACAGGUGUCUCUUCUGCAGCAUGGCCGUCUGUCUGGAAAAUCAGGGCAGUGAAUUUGCGAGGGCAGUUAGUCCUUCACUUAAGAAGGGAAUUAGCGCUCUCAAUGCCUUAACCAUCAGCCUCCUAAAUGUGGAUAGAGCCUUUGUGGCUAAAAGUGACUCAUCAUUCAGUGAAAUUCGGAGGGCUGUUAUAAGCGUGCAGCAGAACCUGGGGGAGGCUGAAAAAGCUGCCCUCAGUAAACUCAAGGCGGUAGAUAAAUGCUACGAGGAGCUAAUAGUUAGAAAGCAGAAUCUAUCUAUUCAGCAAGAUUACACAAAAGGUGCAUUGCGUGAUUUAAAACAACAGCAAAAAAACAACAACGCCACCUUAGAGAUGUACAAAAAAUCAGCAUGUGAUGCUGUGUCUCAGUUGAAAGAAGCUAAGGCCUAUCUUUGGCAUCAGCAGAGGGCUGUAGAAGAGGCAGAAGAACUGAGGGAUGCAGGAAUUGGGAUAACAUUCAUUCCUAUUUUAGGAUGGAUUGCAGGUCCAAUAAUGAUAGCAGCAGCUGAAAAUGACAUCGAAAAUGCGAAUUACAGAGUUCAGGAGGCGGAGCGCAUGGUCAAUUCUUUCCGAUCCUCGGUCCACGAAUACGAACGCAAAGUGUCCGAAUACACAAGCAGAAUCCAGGAGGCUUGCAAAGAGAUUGUGAAGAGACAAGACUCGCUGAGGGAGAUCGAACGGGACAUUCAACAGGUUCUCAGACAGAGAAGAGAGAUGGCUGGUUUCCAGGAGAACAUGAGGAACUCGGUCAGAGUUCUUAGCGUACUCGCCGGUACAUCAAACGUGGCAGAGAUUCAAACGCGCUGCUUUGUGUUAAUAGAGGCGAUGAUAAAGUUGAUGCAGACCUUUGGUAAGUUGGUGGAAGCCACUGGAGAAAAUCGGCUUAUCUGUGAUGAUGGCAUUAAGGCUCUUAUCACAAAGCUGCAGGUCAAUUAUGUCAAAAUGCAGGCCAUCAUUGUGCCCUCUGAUACCGCCGCCAUAGAUUUCAUAUGAAUUGCUUUUGUUUUUGCUGAUUCUGUUGAUUCUGCUGAUUCUGCUUCAUUUUAAAGAGUACUAUCUUCAAAUAAUCACUGAAUGUCUAAACAACUAUUUUAUGUGAUGUUUGGUUCUUUUUCUUUCUUUUAUUUCUGCAAAACUGCUUUGUGACAACAUCUGUUGUAAAAAAAAAAAAGCAAAUAUAUACAAAUACAGUAAUUUGAUUCAUUUUAUGGAAAUGAUUAAAGUCUAGCAAAAAUGCAUUACUAUAAUUUGUUCUCAUAUUUAAC